GCUAUUUUACAAUCCCAACAAACUGGAGACGGCCAGGAAAUGACACUUGUUGCAACAGACGAAACAUCAUUAGCUCCGAAAAAUAUCGCAUCUGAUGAUGCAUCAAAUAUAUCAAGUGGUGAAUCUUUCGAUGAGGGAAGUACCAUCAGUGUGGCAAAGCAACGCUAUGCCAAUAUGUUAAAACACGAAUUAGAAGGUGAUGUUGCGGAGGGCUUACUUAUUUCCAAAGAUCAAUAUGAUCAUUUACGCUACGAAGAUGAGAAAAUAAUGCAAUUGCGUAAUGCUAGGGACAUUCGAGAACUCUAUCAAUUGGCGGAGGAAAUUAUUAUUGGUGAACGCAUUGAAGAUAAUGGUGAAGAGGAAGAAGGCCAAGAUGGAGAAGGUGGCACGACUGGGAUUUAA